AAUUUACUUUUUCUUUAUCAUCUUUUCUUAAUCUCCUUGAAAGACUCGAUUAAAUUGGGACGGAGGGAGUAAGAAAGAGGGAUUCCAAACCCUAGCUGGACACAACAACGAGUCUACAACCGUCACGUUCACCGCUCUGGCCGAACCACUCUUUACUACACCAACAAUCUAAUAUUUCUUGCAUUAACUCCUAUAAUUUACAACACACCUUAACUCACACCUAGCAUAACCUGUCGGAAAACAUGUCGGCGCCGGCGUCGUAUCAGCAAAUGUCCGCGCUUAAAAGCUUAAAGGACUCCACUUUUCAGCUCACUGCUUUCAAUUCUCCUCCAUCUAGCUACAAAAGGAGGAACACAACUUGGAGGCCUCCAAAAGCAGCAAUAAUCCCAAAUUUUCAUCUGCCAAUGCGUAGUAUGGAAGUUAAGAACAGAACAUUCACCGAUGACAUAAAGUCUCUCAGAUUGAUAACUGCCAUCAAAACGCCAUAUCUGCCUGAUGGCAGAUUUGAUCUGGAGGCUUAUGAUGCUCUGGUAAACAUGCAGAUCGAAAAUGGGGUUGAAGGUGUCAUAGUUGGUGGAACUACUGGUGAAGGUCAGUUGAUGAGCUGGGAUGAACAUAUCAUGCUAAUUGGUCACACUGUCAACUGUUUUGGUGGAUCCAUCAAGGUAAUUGGGAAUACCGGAAGUAACUCAACAAGGGAAGCAAUUCAUGCCACUGAGCAGGGUUUUGCAGUUGGAAUGCAUGGUGCUUUGCACAUUAAUCCUUACUAUGGCAAGACCUCUCUUGAAGGAUUGGUUUCUCAUUUUGAUAGUGUGCUCUCCAUGGGUCCAACCAUUGUCUACAACGUGCCAGGAAGAACUGGCCAAGAUAUUCCACCUCGUGUGAUCCAUACUUUGGCGCAAAGCACAAACCUAGCAGGUGUCAAGGAAUGCGUCGGACAUGAUAGAGUGGACCAGUAUACCAAAAAUGGGAUCGUGGUCUGGAGCGGAAAUGACGAUCAAUGCCAUGAUUCAAGGUGGGAUUUUGGUGCAACUGGAGUUAUAUCUGUUACCAGCAACUUGGUCCCACGAUUAAUGCGGGAACUCAUGUUCAGGGGAAAGAACCAAACCUUAAAUGCCAAGCUGUUGCCCUUGAUGGAGUGGCUCUUUGAAGAGCCAAAUCCAAUUGGAUUGAAUACGGCUCUUUCUCAACUUGGGGUUGUAAGGCCUGUUUUCCGCCUGCCAUAUGUACCACUCCCUUUGGCCAAGAGAGUAGAGUUUGUUAAUAUAGUGAAAGACAUAGGGAGAGAGCACUUUGUAGGACAGAAAGAUGUUCAGGUUCUUGAUGACGACGAUUUUAUUUUGAUUGGUCGGUAUUAGAUUGUAAUAUUGAGCUUAAUAGAAGCACAUACCUAGAGUUUGGUUUGUUGGGAUCGUUCCGACUGUGUUUGUCUUUAAAAAAUAAAUUUUGUUGGGAUCGUUCUGAAUGUGUUUGUCUUUACAAAUAAACUUAAAAUUACCUCCAGUGUUUACUAUA